AUGGAUUUUGAUAAAUCAAGCUCUUCUAUCAUCCUGGAUGUUGCCUGGGGAAAUACCGACAAGAAAAACCAAGGCUUUAUCUAUGCAAAGAACCUUCCGGAGCUGAUACGAGAGAUUGAGCUUGUAUUGAACAGGGGUGAGCCCACCAAGGGGUCGCGAUUGCUUUCAAAUACUGGUCAGAAUGUGAUAGAUACCUUUGCUAGAGAGAAGGAGUUUUUCAAGAUCUAUAAGGAUGAGUUCAAAGAGAUCUUCCAAGGUCUAGUUGGGAAGACGUUUAAGGACGCCGUGGAAGGUACAUUCCCCUCGGGUAAGAUACCACCAAGCAUUUUGCAAGAGGAGCUAGGGCCAUCCGACAAUAGUAAGACUCCAAGACGCAAAGAAUUUCGAUUGAAGAGCUUGGAGAACCGAUUAGCCGCCCUGAGUGAAGAACUACAGUUUAAAGACGAUAUAAUUGCUGAAAAGGAUAGAGAACUGAUAAAGCUGACGAGAAACUUGAGUGAAUACAAGGACAAGUACGAUUUCCUUCAGAGACAGUUCAGUUUUUACAAGGAUCGCGGUGAAAGACCUGGCCAUCUGAAUGUUCACGACGAUGACUCUAAAACUGAUCAAAUGACCUCCACUAGGCAUGAGUUUAUCAUCAGUGAAAUGAAACGGAAACUAGAGGAGCAGCUACUUACCAUCAAUACGCUUCGGGAGCAAAUGCAACAAAGCCGAGGCGGUUACACAUGGUACAACGUGCCAAGCAGAUCCGGUAAACACGAUUACCUACCAUUUUCCUUGCUCGCGGCUUUGGCAGUUAUAUUGCUCUCGUUGGUCUGCUAUUUGGUAAACUCCUACAGGGCUGCUGACCAAAGCAGUGACUAUACAGAGAGCUUCUGGUGGGAGAAUAGCGGCCUGCUGAGCAAAUUCGGAUGGUACUGGCAAGAUUGGAAAGAGAAUGCUGUGCAACAAACAAGCGACCAGGCCUACGAUAGAAUAUUCGGGCUCACAGAUUAUACAUAG